UUGUCUUUAUUGUGGGUCUACUUCCUCGACAAAAAAGUAAACAUGCCACGACGUAAAAAGCCAGUAAAUAGAGAAGAUAUGUUAAGAAAAAAACGAUUAGCGGAACAAAAAAGGCGCAACAAAAUAAAGUCUAACCCUGAGCUAUACAAAGAAUACUUAGAAAAAGAAAAAGCUCGCUAUAUCAAAAGAAAGGAUACUAAAAAAAUUGUACCAAUUAAAGAAUUAAAGCCAAGGGAACAGAGGGCACAGAGAAAAAAAUGGAAGAUAAACCAACAGAAUUUAAGAAGAAAGAAAAAAGAACUUAAAAUGUUACAAGAAAAAUAUACGCCACCUGAAUCAGAUUCUGAAGAUUUCCUGGAACGAAAUUUUGAAUUACAACAAGAACAUCAAGAUGCAAUAAAAAAAGCUUCUACUUUUGCAAGAUUAGUUACCGAGAAUUAUGCGUCACAUGAUCCAUGGAUUAAUCCCAGACCUGGACCGUCUGAUCAAUCUGAGUUAAUCAUAGGCAAUAAAACACCAGACAAUCGGAGACCAGUUACAAAAAAUUGCACAUCAAAUUCUGCUCAACCUAUUUGUCACACUCCUAAGGAUAGUCCCUCUUCAGCUACGCGUAGAGUUCGCUAUAGAAUGCUCAAAAAAUGCAAAUACUAUCAAAAACGUUUGUCGGAGCUAGAAAAGCAAAAUGCAGCGUUUCGCAAACGCGUUUUUCGCAUGAGACAAACUAUUACUAAGCUAAAGUCUUGUAACAGCCCAGGAACAAAAGCCGGAAUGAUAAUGGCCGACCCUACCAAAAAAGAAGAUGUUAAAAAAGCCAUAAUAUUUGGCGAUAUUUUAAAAAGUAACAUCAAUCUAGAUUACGAGAACCAGAAAAAGGCUGAAAAACAAAAGCUCAAAGAGAAUAUAGAACCAGUACGUGAGAAACUGAAAAAUUACAAUUUACUUUAA